GAAUCCCCUUUCUUUCUCUCAAAGUUUCAUUUAGUCUACAAUUUCAGGGGUUGUAACACGUCAUCCGUGUUUUUUUUUUAAGCCUCAUUUAGUCUCAAGAAAGGAAAUUUGCCUGCAUAUAUUAAGAUUAAAGUGCGUUUCCUUCCGUCAUCCAUCCAAACGGAGCUGAUAGUUCUUUGUCUCCAUCGCAGUCUGCUGGUUAAACCCGUUAGCUGUUGAAGCGGCAACAUGUCCCCUUCUAGUGACAGUCACCUCCUGGCGAUCAGCGUCUUAGCGGAGGAUCUGAGCUGCGGGGAAAGAAGGAAGGUGAUCUACCUCUGUGGGAGCUUAUCCACGGACUGCAGCGUGGAUCGUGUCAGGGAGGCUUUAAGUUUCGGCGUGGAUCACCACGGAGAGCCUCCCCUCUUCAUAAUGUCCGUCCUUUUGCUGCUGGGACGGAAUGACAUCUUAAAGAAGGUGUAUAAAGUUCGAGGAAAGGAGGCAGAAAGUCAGAUUCGGACACAUGGACAAAUCCUCCCGACAUUCAGAGUACUAAUUGUUACUUUAAGUGAUGAAAUGGACACGGACGACGUGAAUCAAAUCAAAUUCUUAUUAAGCAAGACUCUAACCCGUGAAAAACUAGACAAUUCAAAGACGUUUUUAGACGUGGUGAUUGAACUGGAGAAGUUGGAUUCCGUUUCACCUGAAAGAGUAGAUCUUCUAGAGAAAUGUUUACACCAUAUAGGCCGCUUGGAUCUGGUCAAAAAAGUGGCUGCUUACAAGAUUUCAGCUCAGACCUCUGACAAACAUUUGCCUCAACAGCAAAGUUCUCGAGUUGAGGAAACUAGACAAGUGCGGCCCUGGAACGCUGCAGUGACCUCUGGACACAAUUCAUCACAACAAAUUUGUCGAACUCUUGCAAUUGGGCAAAGACAGACUCAUCACUUUGGCACUGUACAGGCACCAUUACCUGUGAGCAGAGAACCAAGCAGUGGGGUUCAACUGGAGCAGUACAGCUUAAUGGCCGAUCCGAGAGGAGUUUGUGUAAUUAUUGAUUGUGUGGGUAAAGAUGGAGAAAUGUUAGAAGCAGCAUUUAAGACGCUCCACUUCAAUGUUCUUCUUUACCAGAUGCUUGGUGCUGAUGAGAUUUUCAAAACUCUCAAAGACAUCUCUAAAAACAGAGAGAGUUUACGAGGGGAUGCUUUUAUCUGCUGCAUCAUUAGCCGCAGCACGGCUAGCGACUUACUGGGUACAAACACGCACAGCAGGGGGAUUUCUAUGGACUUUAUCAGACAGCUGUUUUUAGCCGACGUUUGCCCCGUGCUGGCCGGCAAGCCCAAACUCUUCUUCAUCCAGGGCUACAGAGUUUCAGAGAUGGCCAGAGUGGAGGAUGAGCAGGGGCAAUUGGAGGAAGACGGCUGCCAAAGCAGUCCUACGACUCAUUACAUCCCCAAAGAAGCAGACGUAUUAUGGAGUCAAUCUUGGACGGAUGAGUAUCAGCUGCAAAAAGAGCAACAUCGCUCAGUUUACCUGGAAACGCUGACUGAUGCCUUGAGAAAAGCCCAGAGGAAAAUGAAUCUGCUUGAUGUUGUUAUGGAGGUGAACGGGGCCAUCUUUGACCAUAAUGAAAAAAAUCCUGAAGCAAUCUACAGCUGUGAUGUGAGGCAUACUCUGCGGAAAAAACUUUACCUCCAAUAGAAAUGUGACAGAUCAUUGUUUAGGAGGUACCUAAUACUGUGGCACUAAACUCACCAUAUGCCUUCUGAAGAACAUGUUUUCUGUGUAUACACUGACUCCUAGUGGUUAGAAAGAGAAACGACACUACAGUAGCAUUAAGGCGAAUGAAAAAACCCAUAGUACAGUAGAUCUGUGUAUUUCAGUGAUUCUAAGAGUGAAACUCCUAAUGUAUAGAUUUAUUACACACGAGGCUAUAUAAUUCAUAGAAUUAUUACACACACAAGGAUAUAUUUAUAGUAUUUAUUUUGUUCCUUUUGAUAAUUAUAUUUGACAGCUCACGAAAACCUAAAACUCAGUUUCCCAGGAAAUUAUACCUUUAAUAAAAUACAAUUGUUAAUAGAGAGAUAUCUAAAAACUAAAAUCAUUUUGGGGCUUUCUUUUUAAUGGGUUACUGCUUCAUCUUCUGUUUCAUCUUUCUCUUGAAAAACUCCAGAAAUGUCCGUUUUUAGAUUAAGCCAGAUUGACACCAUGUUGAUUAAACUAGUAGCUAAUAUUUCUGUUUUAUGAGAGCAGGUGCCAAGAAAAGCUGGGAUAUGAAAAGAAUUCCUCCAUAACUUUUUCAGAAGCAUAAAACAUGGAGUUCUAAUCCCUGAAUGUGAUACUCACACUUGACCUUGGACUCUCUGCCUUUCCGCUCUUCUUCUAGAUCUGUUGACCUUAAUUUCCUAACCAAAUACAAAACAUACUUUCAUCUGCAAAGUAUAUUUUGGUCCGCCGAUCAACCUUUUGCCCUUCGCUCAGUUUGGAAGCUUCCCCAAAAACAAGGAAACAUCUGUAUGUGAUGCACUUGAUGCACUGACUUCAGCUGCCAUCAGUGCCUUGUGGUUUCCCCCUACUAUCCAAAAUGCUU